AUGUCAGCGCCCCGCAAACCCACUGACGACGCUUCCGAAAUCGAUGAGCUCGAGCUCCCUACACCGUCCGCGGUGGCCAAUCCGCGCCUGCCUGCUGUCAACCCCGUCGAUAUCCUUGCACAGGUCACUACCGAACUCAUAGCCCGCAUGAACGAUUCCCUCAUUCGACAGGCUGCCGAAGUGGGCACCUCCGACAAGCCUCGCCGUGCCGAGCUCAAGCGCCGCUCUGGUGUCGUCCAAGCCUUCUCCACGGAGCUGGCCGACCGUCUCUUCGAGCUGACCGAGGCUGUCGAUUCCGGGGAGGCUCUGCGCGUUCGGCUCAAGGCUGCUACGAAGGAGAAGGUUGCGCUGCGCUCGGAGUUCUUGGGUAUCCGUAAGGAGCGCGAGCAGGUCGCGCUGCGGAUGGAUGCGGUUCGUCAGGCUCACAUGGAGGCUGAGGCGAAGAGGCGGCGUGAUGAGGAACUGAGCGAUGCGCUAUAUGGCAUCGAGACUGCUGUGCAGCGGGGGAGGGAGAAGGCGGCGCGGGAGGGCCGGGAGGAUGAAGGCCCGCAGGUCAGCCCCUUGUGGGAGAUUGAGGAUGCUUUGAGUAAUGGCGUUAGUGCUGUUGGUCCUGGAGGUGGCUUGUUGGAUAGGGUGAAAGACUUCAAUGGCUUUUUGGGUAGGGCGGCGGGUGUGCUUGAAGGGAGGUCAUGA